UUUGCCCGCACUUGUCUCGUUCACCGUUUCGCAUUGUCCGCAAGUAAAUAGCGAAAUAAAAUUGAAAUCAAUCAAUAAAACGGCAGGUGCUACGAAACACGCUAUAAAUACAUAAGUGUGGUGUAUGUGUUUGGCAUAAAUUGAAUUAUUAACAUCUUUAAUACAUAGAGAAGCUGCAGAAAAUAUUCUAGAAGUCUACGGCGCAACGUCAUGCUACUGCAAAGAAACAAAUUAGGAAGCGUGCGACCGCCAAAGCGCUGCCGAAGCGACAUGGACAACACAUCGACCUCGGACAUUGUCAUUAUCAAUGGCAACUCGCAUCCGGAUCUGGCCAACAUGGUGGCCGAACGCAUGGGCAUCAAAAACGGCGGCUGCUCCGUCUUCCACAAAUCCAAUCGUGAGACUAUUGUCGAAAUAAGUGACUCUGUGCGUGGCAAGGACAUCUACAUCAUUCAAACAGGCACUAAAGAUGCCAACAACAACAUAAUGGAGCUGCUUAUUAUGGCCUAUGCGUGCAAGACAUCCUCAGCUCGUUCGAUAGUCGGUGUCAUUCCGUAUUUGCCAUACUCGAAGCAGUGCAAGAUGCGCAAACGCGGCUGCAUUGUGUCCAAGCUGCUGGCCAAGAUGAUGUGCACCUCGGGCCUGACACACAUUAUCACAAUGGAUCUGCAUCAGAAGGAGAUACAGGGCUUCUUCGAUAUACCCGUGGACAACUUACGUGCCUCCCCAUUCUUGCUGCAGUACAUACAAGAGAGCAUACCCGACUAUCGCAAUUCUGUGAUUGUGGCGCGCAAUCCGGGAGUUGCCAAAAAGGCUAAUUCUUAUGCAGAACGCUUGCGUCUCGGCCUGGCUGUCAUACAUGGCGAACAGAAGGAGGCCGAAAGCGAUGAGGUUGAUGGCAGAUACUCACCGCCGCCCACCAGGGCGUAUUGCAAUUUGUUAGGAAAUUCGGUUGAAAUGUGCUUACCAACGGUUAAUAGAAACUCUACUCCACAACAUGCGCCCAUGAACAGUCGCACGCGCACCACAUCCGUUUCGGUGGGCGUGCCCGAGCAUCCGGUUAAGGUGAAGCCGCCGCUUACGAUCGUCGGUGAUGUUAAUGGUCGCAUUGCCAUCAUGGUGGACGAUCUGAUAGAUGAUGUGCAAGCCUUUGUGGCUGCUGCUGAGAUGCUGAAGGAAAAUGGUGCCGGCAAGGUCUAUGUGCUGGCCACACACGGUCUGUUGAGCUCUGAUGCACCACGCUUACUGGAGGAGUCGGUGAUCGAUGAGGUUGUUGUCACCAAUACCAUUCCACAUGAGAUUCAAAAGCUGCAGUGCCAGAAGAUUAAGACCAUCGAUAUAUCGAUACUGAUCGCCGAGGCCAUACGUCGCAUACACAAUAAGGAGUCCAUGUCAUAUCUGUUUCGCAAUGUCACGCUGGAGGACUAAGCAUGCUGCAUACCAAUACCAACACCUAUACUAAUACCAAUACAUACGCAUCACUUACACACAUUUAAUGUAAUAUUUCUAAAAAUGGCGAUAGCGUCUAUUGUUUGUUUAAUGCCUUUUUGAUUUGUAUCUAAUGGAUUCUGUGGCGCUACAGCUCAAUUCAAGUGAAAAGUUUUAAGCCCAAUUAUAUUGGAUAAUAAAUAAAACACAAAAGUAAUAGAUUGUUGUAGAAACCUUAAUAGCUUUAACAGUUAACUCUGUUGCAUAAAUUCGGAUUAAUAGUAACAAUCUUUUAACGAAAGCAAUCGAUAUGUUUGCGUUUUUAUAUUUAAUAAUGGCGUGUUCAAUUAUUA